CCAAACUAGUAGGAAUGAAUUGCUCCACGUUUUCGACUGUUGCGUAGACGACGUUUGGCGUGCUUCUGCUCUUUUCUUGCUCAACUGGGUCUCGCGCCGUGUUGAAUCGGCGUUGACGCUAGGAUUAGCAUUUGUAUUAGGCAUAUAGCCUGCUAUUACAUAGGCCAGUAGACACACCUUCCUGUUCGGUUCAGGGUGCAGCUCGAACAUGGUCGCGCACACGCUUAUCGCGGGCGCCGCGUCGACGCAGUCUGUCAUCAGCACUUCACAAGCUGCCAGCAAGGCGGCCAUGGUCGCUGGGUCGGGAUCGCGGGCCCGGAGAAACGUCGCUGCGGCCGCCGGUCCCGGCCCCGCUGGCCCCGGCUCGCUCACCAAGCCCGCUAUGCCCCCGCCGUCUCGCCCGUCGGCCCCGCCGCCUCCAGCCCAGCUGAGCCGGCCACCGGCUCCUGCGGGCGGCAACGGUGCCCUGUCGCGCCCCGGCCCGCCUCCGCCGGCCCGCCCCACCGGCCCCGCUGCGCCCCCGCCGCUGCGCAACGCACCCGCGCCUGCCCAGCAGGGCGCCGGCAACGGCGCCGGCCCGGCCGCCCCCGCCCCGCCGCGGCCGGCCAUGACCCCACCGCGACCGGCCAUGACCCCGCCGCCGGCGCCGCCCGCGCAGCAGCCCCUGACCCGGCCCGCGGUCUCCAACCCCUUUGCCAACCUGCCGCCCGUGUCGGCGCCCAACGCGGCCGCCUCCACCGCGCCCGCGCCCCUCACCGCCGCGCCGCCGCCGCCACGCCCGGCGCCGCCCAAGCCGGCGCCGCCGCCCCCGGCGCGGCCCAUGCGCCCGCCGCCGCCGCGGCCCACCGGCGGCCCCAACGCCGCACAGUCCGCACCGCCGCCGCCGCGCUCCUUUGGCGCGCCGCCGCGCCCGGGCGCGCCCGCCUCCGGCGCCGCCGCCGCGCCGUCGGCGGCCUCCGGCACCUCCUCCGUGCCCCUCUCCCGCCCGCCCUCCCGGCCGGACCUGCUGCCGCGCCAGCCCGCCACCAGCGCCCCCACGACGCUGGCUGCUGACGCCGCUGCUGCGGCCGGCGGUAGUCAGCUUGUGCGGCCCGACCCGCCCUCGCUGCGUGUGCUGGAGCCGCUCAUGGGGCGCGGCGGGCGCGGCUCCAUGGACAUCGAGCGGAAGGAGAAGGUGACUGCCGAGAUGAAGCGCGAGGCUCGGCGGCAGCGUGAGGCCAGCCGCAUGGAGAAGGCGGCGCUGAGGCGGCGGGACAAGGAGGAGAUCUUCGAGGUCGGCGAUGAGGGCAUGUCGCUGCACGACCUGGCGCAGCUGCUGCAGGUGGACGAGAGCGACAUUGUCCGCUCGCUGUUCAUGAAGGGCAUCGCCAUGUCUAUGGGCCAGCAGCUGGACAAGAACACGGUCAAGGUGGUUGCCGCCGAGUACGAGGUGGUUGUGGUGGACAAGGAGGCGACGUCGGUCACGGACGCCGCCAAGAAGCGCACCGAGUUCGUCACGGAGGAGGACAUUGAGGACCUGGCGCCGCGCCCGCCCGUGGUGACGGUGAUGGGGCACGUGGACCACGGCAAGACCAGCCUGCUGGACUACAUCCGCAAGGCGCGAGUGGCGGCGGGCGAGGCGGGAGGCAUCACGCAGGCCAUCGGCGCCUACAACACGGAGGUGGAGGUGGAGGGCGAGGUCAAGACCAUCUGCUUCCUGGACACGCCCGGACACGAGGCGUUCAGCGCCAUGCGCGCGCGCGGAGCACAGGUGACGGACAUGGCCAUCAUCAUUGUGGCGGCGGACGACGGCGUGAGGCCGCAGACCCGGGAGGCGGUGGCGCACGCGCAGGCUGCGGGGGUGCCCAUCGUGGUUGCCAUCAACAAGAUCGACAAGCCGGGCGCGGACGUGGACCGGGUCAAGCAGGAGCUGCUGGAGCUGAACCUGGUGCCGGAGGAGUGGGGCGGCAGCACGCCCAUGUGCCCCGUCAGCGCCAAGAAGGGCACGGGCGUGCAGGACCUGCUCACACAGCUGCUGUGGCUGGCCGAGGAGAAGAGCCUCAUGUCCAACCCGCUGCGCCCCGCCCGCGGCACCGUCAUUGAGGCCAACCUGGACAAGAAGAAGGGCCCCAUCGCAACACUGCUGGUGCAGGCCGGCACGCUCCGCCCCGGCGACAUCGUGCGCGCGGGCGCCUCCUACGGCAAGGUGCGCUCGCUCACCAACGACCUGGGCCGCCCGCUCGUGGACGCCGGCCCCUCCAUCGCCGUGCAGCUGACGGGUCUGAACAGCGUGCCUGCCGCCGGCGAGGAGUUCGAGGUGUACCCCACCGAGCAGGCGGCGCGCAACGCGGCCAUGGAGUUCGAGGACAAGCUCAAGCUCCAGCGCAUGAUCGACAUGAGCGGCGGCGGCAGCAUGGUGACUCUGGCCUCGCUGGCCACGGUGGACGAGGACCAGGAGGCGCUGCAGCGGCUCAACCUCAUCAUCAAGGCCGACACCAGCGGCAUGGUUGAGGCCAUCAAGGCGGCGCUGGCCAUGCUGCCGCAGCAGUCGGUGGUGCUGCGCUUCCUGCUCAGCGGCGCCGGCGACCUCAACGUGUCGGACGUGGACCUGGCGGCGGCCAGCGGCGGCAUGGUGCUGGCCUUCAACCUGGAGCCCGAUGAGGCAGUGUCCAGCCACGCCAAGCGGCUGGGCGUCAACGUCAAGAGCUACAAGAUCAUCUACGAGCUCAUCGACGACGUCAAGGCCGCCAUGGAGGGCAAACUCAAGCUGGUGGAGGAGCGCGUGCCGCAGGGCACGGCUGUGGUGAAGGCGGUGUUCGGCACCGGCAAGAAGCGCGUGGCGGGCUGCGCGGUGACGGAGGGCAAGCUGACCAAGAGCGGAUACGUCACCGUCAGGCGCGGCAGCGGCAAGAACGCCGUGGUGGUGUACGAGGGCAAGCUGUCCUCCCUGCGCCGCGUCAAGGACAUUGUGGAGGAGGUGUCGGCGGGCCUGGAGUGCGGCGCCGGCUGCGACGGCUUCACGGAGUGGGCCGAGGGCGACAACCUGGAGUGCUACCUGCUGGUCACCAAGAGCCGCCGCCUGGAGGAGGCGCGCGCCACCACCGCGGUGGACGUCAGCACGCUGGCGUGAGGCGAUGGGGCGUGGGGAGGGGGUUAGCUGGGUGGGUAAAGGAGGCGGAGGAGGAGGAGGAGGAGGAGGCGAGGGCUUGGGAAGCUGGGUGCUUGGCGUGUGGGAAGCUGGGAAGCUUGGUGUGUGGGCGGCCAGGAGACGUGUCAGCCAGGCAGGCGCUGUGGCGUACCGGUAAGAUGCGGCUGCUGGAGCGCUGGCUGAGGCGUUUGGGCAUGACGCGAUGGGUGGGACGUGUCAGCCCAUCCGCCGAGAGAGGCGGGUGGCUGACAGACAGUGUGUGCCCUGUCGCUGCUGGCCGGGUGGAACGGCGGCAGUGGAGGGGUCAGAUCAGUGUGGGGGCGGAAGGAUGGUGACGGAUAGUUUACAGCUGCUAGCUAGCACGGGUUAGCAGAGGACCGGGGCCCGCGGUCAUUUAGCAAGAGGGCAAGGUUGCGUGAGCUCGGGUUCAAUUUUUGGAGGUUCCAGAGCUCCAUGCUUGGAUGCAGUUUUGGCGGGUGAGCAGGCUGGCAUUCGGCGGUUGCUUCGGUGAUGUGUUGGUUGGUAGUGGUGAUGGUGAAAGCCGCGUUAGCAGUUCAGCCCUGUCCCGGGCUGUCCGGUACUCGGACUGCUCGGGCUAUCGGGGCUGAUAGGGUUGCACUGGCUGAGGCAUGGCGGGUAAGGCGGUGCUGGAGAGAAACCAGGAUUGCUCGAAUGAUGGGGCGCGGGCCAUGGGUGAAGCAUUCUUGAGAAAUGGUGCCUGUUUUGUUGUGCUUGGUCGCUGGGAUGACUGGACACCUGGCAAGCAAUAAGCCUGUAGAAGUCUGCAAGUUACGAAGUUGUAAUGGUGUAAGCGUCUGGUUUU